CAUUCCCUAAGUGAGUGCAUUAUUUUUGUUCCAUCAGCAGGAGCUUUCCAACUGCUCUCAGGCUGCUCUUCCAACACUCAAAGCUCGUCUUUUCUCUUGGGGUCUUUUCCAGAGUGUUCCCGACAUGCCUGCGAGGGCCGUUACACUUUAUCGGCAGGAGCAAACGCAACAUCAAAGCUCAAAACAUGUUGUCCAGCAUUCAAGGAAAUCAAGCUCUCAGGUAGUGAAGAAGGAGCAGGUCCAGGCCACAGAGGCUAUGGCGGAGCAAGCCUACACAGUGCCAACCUUCAGGGAGAGGGCUCCUGAAGGCAUGCAGGAGUAUCAGAGAAUGGCGGCUCACUUCGGAAGAGAUCUGGUUCAGCUGCAGCACGAGCUGCACAGGAUGAAAGUGGCCACAAAGGAGCAAGUAGACAACAUUGAGAUCACUAGGGAGGUGAGGGGAAUGAUGCCUUUGAGGACGGAUUUUCCUGCUGAGGUUCCCACAGCACCGGACUUCCUGGUCAGUCUGAGAUCUCACACCGUGUGGGAGAAGACUCCGGUCAAGCUGUUCUGCACUGUGUCCGGCAAACCCAACCCUAUUGUCAAAUGGUAUAGGAAUAAUGUUGCCAUUGAACCCUUGAGCGCGCCUGGAAAGUACAAAAUUGAGAACAAGUAUGGGGUUCACAGUCUGAUUAUUAGCAGAUGUGCAGUUACUGAUUCUGGAAUAUACAGUGCUGUGGCAACCAAUCCACAUGGAAAGGCCACCUCCAAGGCUACUGUCUGUGUCAGGAGGCCACCAGGGGCAGGAGAGCUCUCCCAUCUGCCAGGACAAGUUCCUCUGCUCAGCGGCAUUCAUCUCAGUAAGCUCGAGGUGACCCUGCUGGAAUCAUUCGGGGUGACGUUUGGUACCGAAGGAGAGUCUGUUAGUCUGGUGGCUAACAUGGUGGUGGUGCCUGAUCUGCCAAACCUGCCACCCGAGACCAUGUGGUACAGAGAUGAUACUUUGCUAAUGCCAUCCAGGUGGGCUGAGAUGACUGUUGGUGGUGGGGUUGCCAAGCUCACUCUUCCUCACCUGAACAAGGACGAUGAGGGUCUUUACACGCUUCGCAUUUGGACCAAGGAUGGAACUGCAGAACACAGUGCUUACCUGUUUGUUAAAGAUGCCACUCCCACAGUGGCUGGGGCCCCUGGAGCCCCCAUGGAUGUUGCAGUCUUUGAUGUCAAUGCAGAUUACAUCCUGGUCUCCUGGAAACCUCCAAACACCACCCAUGAGGCUCCCAUCACUGGAUACUUCGUGGACAGACGUAAGUCAGGAACUAAAGACUGGGUCCAGUGCAAUGACUCCCCUGUCAAAGUGUGUAAGCUGCCAGUCCAUGGCCUGACCGAGGGGGCGUCCUAUCACUUCAGAGUGAGGGCUGUGAACAAAGAUGGCAUCAGUCUGCCCUCCAGGAUGUCUUCUGGAGUGACCGCUGCAGAAGUGGAGAGUGAUGUGGAAGGUGUCCCCUCUGCCCCAGGACAGGUGAUUGCUUCCAGAAACACCAAAACCUCUGCUUUUGUGCAGUGGGAGCCCCCGAAACACGCCAACAACCUCAUGGGUUAUUACGUGGAUGCAUCUCUGGUCGGCUCCAAGAAAUGGUUCCCUUGUAACCACAGGCCUUACAAGCACACCAGGUUUGUGGUCCAUGGUUUGGUCCCUGGAGACACUUACGUCUUCCGUGUGCAAGCUGUGAAUGCUUACGGUUUGAGUGAAGAAUCACAGGAAUCUGCUCCUCUCUUCAUUGAUGCUGCUCUUUUUGGGGCAGUGGAGUAUGCUACUCCCUCUGCCCCAUACGACAUCAGUCUGCUGAACUGUGAUGGAUCCUCCAUGACCCUGGCCUGGAAACGCCCCAAAAACACAGGCGGCUCUAAGAUCACGUCUUACUACCUGGACAAGCGCGAGGCGGAAUCAGUGGACUGGAAGGAGGUUAGCCCCAGUCCGGCUGCCCACAGGACCUUCACGGUGGAGAAUCUGACCACUGGAGUUUUCUACGAGUUCAAGAUUCAGGCUGCUAACUUGGCUGGAGUUGGCCUUCCAUCUGAGCCCAGCAAAGCUUUUGCCUGCGAGGCCUGGACAAUGGCUGAACCUGGCCCAGCAUAUGACAUUAGUUUCUGGGAGGUGCGUGAUACCUCCAUCCUGGUGCAGUGGAAGCCUCCUGUGUACGCCGGAGCUGGUCCCAUCACUGGCUACUUUUUGGACAUGGCUAAGAAGGGCUCAUCAGAUUUUGUCGCCGUGAAUGCGGAGCCAGUUGGGCAUUGUUACCUAAAGGUGUCUGGACUAGAGACUGGAACUUCAUAUGUGUUCAGAGUGCGGGCAGUGAAUGCUAAAGGUGUUGGAAAAGCUUCAGUUGUGUCCGAUCCUGUAUGUGCUAAAGCACUGCCAGGUACAAAGGAAAUUGUAUGUGGCGUGGAUGAUGAGACCGGAGACAUUUUCUUGAACUUUGAAGCUUGUGAUGUUUCUGAGACCUCGAAGUUCACAUGGUCAAAGUCCUACAAAGAAAUCACUGAAUCAAGCAGGGUCUCUAUCACCUCCUCUGGAAGACACUCCAAGCUGACAUUUGUAAAUGCUGAGAAGGAGGAUCUGGGCAUCUACUCUGUCGCGGUGACCGAUACAGAUGGAGUUUCAUCCAGUUACUCAGUCAAUGACGAAGAGCUCAAGAAAAUGCUUGAGCUGAGCUACAACAUCAAACAUCCCAUUGUUCCACUGAAGACGGAGCUGAACUAUGAGAUUCUGGAGAAGGGUCACGUGCGUUUCUGGGUGCAGGCUAUGAAGUUGUCCUCCUCUGUCAACUACAGGUUCAUCGUCAAUGAUAAAGCCAUCACGAGUGCUGAGGGUAACAAAAUCAGCCAUGAUGUUUCUACUGGAAUCAUCCAGAUGACUGUUGAGCACUUCACCAAGGCCAAUGAAGGCACUUACACCAUUCAGAUCCACGAUGGCAAGGCCAAGAGCCAAAGCUCACUGGUUCUUGUGGGAGACGCAUUCAAAGUUGCUCUGAAGGAAGCUGAGUUCCAGAGAAAAGAGCACAUCAGAAAACAAGGCCCUCACUUCUCAGAGUACCUGUCUUUCCAUGUGACGGAUGACUGCACAGUGAUGCUAGUCUGCAAGCUGGCCAAUGUGAAGAAAGAGACAACAUUUACCUGGUUUAAAGAUGAUGAAGGAAUCACUGCUGAAGUUCCACCAAACCCAAUGUCUGGAUCUUGCUCUCUUCCAAUCCCCAUGUUUUCCAGGAAAGACCAGGGAAUUUACAAAGCUGUACUGGGUGAUGACCGUGGAAAGGACACCUCUGUCUAUGAAAUUUCUGGCAAAGUGUUUGAGGAUAUCAUCAAUGCAAUCGCCAGUAUUGCUGGUUCCUCUGCCUCUGACCUGGUUCUUCAGUGCACACCGGAGGGCAUUAGACUGCAAUGCUACAUGAAAUACUACACAGAGGAGAUGAAAACUAGCUGGUUUCAUAGAGAGAGUAAAAUCUCCUCCUCGGAGAAGAUGAGAAUCGGAGGCACGUCUGAAAUGGCCUGGAUGCAGAUCUGUGAGCCCACAGAUAAGGAAAAGGGUCAAUAUACCAUUGAGAUUCAUGAUGGGACGAAAUCACACACUCGCACCUUUGACCUUUCUGGACAAGCAUACACCGAUGCCUAUGCAGAAUUCCAAAGACUGAAAGCUGCUGCCUUUGCUGAGAAGAACCGUGGUAGAGUGGUAGGUGGCCUGCCAGACGUUGUCACCAUUAUGGAGAAGAAGAGCCUGAGUCUAACUUGCACAGUGUGGGGUGACCCCACCCCAGAGGUCACCUGGUUUAAGAAUGAGCAGGAAGUUGUGUCUGACGACCGCUACAAGAUCACCUUUGAGGGCGGCAAGUUCGCCAGCCUCACUAUCAAUAAUGUGCAAGUGGAAGAUUCUGGAAAGUACAGCAUCAAUGUACGGAACAAGUACGGAGGUGAAUUUGUGGAGAUCACAGUCAGUGUCUACAAACAAGGCGGAGACAUCCCUGAGCCCAAACUGGGACAGAUGGCCAAGCCCGUCGUGACCCCCAAGCCAGCUACACCCGCUCCACAGUCUGCGAAGACCCCGACUCCUCAAACUCCUCAACCUCCUCAAACUCCUACACCCUCCGUUAAGUCCCCAACCCCUACUCCACCUCCCUCUGUGAAAUCACCCACUCCAACUCCAGCGCCUAAAUCCCCCACCCCACCCAGAUCCAUGAGAUCCCCCACCCCGCCAAGAUCCAUGAGAUCCCCUACCCCUACUAAGAAGUAACUAGUUAACCAUAAAAUCUGAAGAUUCGUUUAGUAUUGACAGAGUUGAUGUAUAGUCUUUCAAUUCAAAUCAACUGAAGAUGAUCUGUUUUAGUUUUUGCUGCAAUAGUCUACAAAUUAGGAUCUGUCACUGGUACAACUGCAAGGUUAAAUAUACGUACACUAAAAUAUCUCGGGGAAGAGUCCCUUAAGAUCAGACUCCAGGGUACCAGUUUUCAUCUCUGAAAUAGAAAAAAAAAAAGAUAUAUAACAAAAAUAGGAAAAUUGUGUUGUAUGUAUUGCAUUUGCAGCCAAAUGAUAAGAAAGUUGCUGAAGUGCUGUUGGGCCUGUCAAAAAUCAUCAGAAAGGCCACCACUGUCUUAUCUGUUUUUGUUCAGUACCCCUCCCAAAUGCUUGUUGGUGCCAAUAAAAAUCAACCGUCUCCUCUCUGGAGUGGAUCUUUGGUUGUC